AUGGAGACGCUGGCGAAGCUGGCGAGUUGCUUGCUCGGAACAACAUCGCUGUCCGGCACAUGGCUCCUUGCGCCAUCAUAUAGAUAUCCAGCCAGCCGCUUCACCACAUAUACCUGUUGCCAGGAAAUGGCUCUCUUCCGCCGUAGCUCGUCCAGCUUGGAAGUCAUCCUCGACCGCCCCGACGAUAUCUUGUGUGAGCGGCUGCGCUCGAACCCGCUCACGACGAAGGCCAGACACCUGAACAAUUCGUUCCCCGAGGCGAACGACGGCACGGCGACGGUAGUCUGCAACUCGAAUACGCACAACGCCCGACCGCGCCUCCUGCUCGGGGACAUGCUCAUCCACGCGCCGUCCAAGGGCCACGUGUACGACCCGCGCGGCGUCGGGGGCCUGGGUUGA